AUGAAAAUUCCCAAGUUGUCCCGGAAGAUGAUCGAUCGCCCGGCGGCCGUUGGUCGCGCCAAACCGUUCGCCUUCGCCGUGAUAACGGUCGCCGCCGUCUUCUUGAUCGUCUCCUCCUCGCACACCGCCAUUUCUGAGGUCUCCCUGCUUUCGCUUCCCUUCAACGGCGCGGCCUCAGACCGACAAGAGGCCCGGAAGCCCGAAUUCUUGAUCCGUCCGUCGGCCGUCCGCUCCUUGCAACUCCAGUUUAUCCGAGAAGAGUUCGGGGAAGCCGACGAUGAGGAUGAUCCUGAAGAUAGUUCGUCGUACCCUCUUGUCCCUCCGCUCAAUGUCACGGAAGAGGAGAGAAUCCGGUGGCUGCGCGAAAACCUGGUGAAUUUCGACAUACUCAAGUCCGACAACCAGACCCGGAAGUUCCAUUCCCGCGUCGCGAGGUUCCUCGGCCAGGGAUGCUCGCUGCAGUUCUUCAUGACGUGGAUUUCGCCGGCAAGCUCCUUUGGGAGCAGGGAGCUCCUCGGCGUCGAGAGCCUCUUCCGAGCCCAUCCAGACGGAUGCCUAGUGAUCGUGUCGAGGACGAUGGACUCGAGAAGAGGGCGCAAGAUCCUGAAACCCGUGACUGACCUCGGGUUCAAGGUCCUGGCGGCGACCCCGGACUUGCCCCAGCUGCUCAGGAUGACCCCGGCCAAAGCCUGGUUCGACGAGCUGAGGAAAGGCAACAAAGACCCCGGCGAAAUCCCGUUAGCCCAGAACCUCUCCAACCUCAUAAGACUCGCCAUCCUGUACAGAUAUGGCGGCGUCUACUUGGACACGGACUUCAUAAUCCUGAAGGACAUAAGUUCGCUGAGGAAUUGCAUCGGAGCGCAGAGCGUGGACACAGCCUCGGGGAAAUGGACGAGGCUGAACAACGCGGCGAUGGUGUUCGACAGACACCAUCCACUCUUGCACAAGUUCAUCCAGGAGUUUGCUUUAACGUUUGAUGGGAACAAGUGGGGUCACAACGGGCCUUACUUGGUGUCCCGGGUCGUGGAGAGAGUGAAAUCGAGAAUCGGAUACAGAGGCAAGUUCAGCGUGAUGCCCCCCAUGGCUUUUUAUCCGGUCGGGUGGACCCAUAUCGGCAGCCUAUUCAAGAGCCCCGAGAGCAGAGGCGACGCGAGGUGGGUCGAGGCCAAGAUCGCACAGCUAAGUGAGGACACUUACGGGGUUCAUCUGUGGAACAAGCAGAGCAGGGGAUUGAGGAUUGAAGAGGGAAGUGUGAUGGCGAGGUUGACCUCGGGCAACUGCGUGGUUUGCCAUAGCAUUUAUAGCUCUUGAUCCAUCAUCAUCUGGGGUCUAGACAUAGCAAAUUCAGUUGAAUUGAUUUGAUUCCUCAUCAGUCAUCAUCCCCACCAAAACUAAACGCUGAAGCUUUAUGGUGCCUUUAGCAAAAGUAUCGGCAGCACCAGAAACUUUUCCUUUCUUUCCACUUUUUGACUUUUCUAUCAUAAUCUAUUGGUCAAGUCACACGUGAUAAACAAGAAGAAGGCCCCAGUCGUAGCUUUGCCACUUCAGCAGAUACAUGCGGGAACCAAAGUUCAGGUCUCUGUUUCUUUCUUACUUAUCCACACGCAAUUGAACAACAAAGCUGAAUCAAGUAAUCCAGGAAGUUUACCAAGUAAGAAGCUAUUGAGAUUUAACUACCCCCAACUCUAAUCUACACUGCACAUCCGAGACUGUUAUUCUAGUUUGUUUCCUAAGUUUUUCAGAAUUUCCUGCCACAGAUCAUGAUCCUGAGCCUUCUCAGCCGCAAUCGAAACCUAAAACCUCUCCACCUCCACGUCCCGAAACCAGGCAACCUCCUGAACGACCUCUUCCUCUUCAACUUCCUGUCGUUGCUCACCGCUCUCCUCGUCGUGUUCGUCUUCUUCCCUUCUUCCACAAAACUGGUACCGUGCGAGGCGAACUCACUGAGCCCACAACUCCCGGACUCGUUCCUCCUCGCACUUUCAUAAUGCCUGGCGGCUUUAAUGGAAUCCCAGGGAUCGGGAAACCGGUCGGCAUCGGAGUCGCUGCUACCCCACAGCGGGACGGUCUUCACGACCGGCGUGGCGCUGUACUCGUCCAGAUAGUCGGCCAAGCUCGUGUGCUCCAUGUCGAACAGCCUCUGCAGCGAGGUGCUUCCCGACUUCAUGAGCUCCAUCAAGCUGCUGCUUCUGCGAGCGGAAGAGAGCGACGAGCGCGAUGCGGCGGCGGCGGCUGCUGAAGAGGAAGUAGACAGAGAAGAUGAUGAAGACCAGUACAGGGACUUCUGGUACUCUAUUAUCUGCCUGAUCCUCCUCGUUUGAGUCUCGGCAUCCACGGACAAGCUUGGAGUUUCUUGUUCCUGCUCUUCAGCUUCGUCGCCGUCCUUCUCUUCUGUAAUUUCUGAGAUCACCAUAGUUCUCGUGUCGUGAUGGAAUGAGCGGAAUUGUUCGGUUCGAUGACGAGGAGAAUUCGCGGUGAGUUCGUGUUUGAGACUGCUAAAACUUCAAUAAAGAAGAUUGUUUUUGCCGGCGAAA